CCAAAAAAAACCAAAACAAUAAAACUAAAUCACAAAAAAACAGUUUUCUCAAAAGCUGAUAUCUCAAUCACAUACGUCGCAUACGUCGUUUUGCAACACUGAGCGACGCGCGCGCGCAUUAUGCGUAACGUUAAUAGGCAAAGCGCGCGUGCCGUGGAACGCAGUGAAUCGAAACGCAAUUGCUGCUGGACUGCGCGACGAUGAAAUGAAACGCAUGCAGCUGCAGCAACAGCGACAGCAACAACAACAGCAACAACAACAACAACAACACCAGCAUAUGGCAGGCGAAAAUGUUGUCGCACAUUGAGGAAAAUGCAUCGUUUUCUUAACAUACAGCAAAAUAUAAAAUUACGCAACUAUCAUCAGUUACUUUUAUAUUUUGUUGCUGUUCCAUUGGCUGCCACUGCUGCUGGAGGAAGACGACGAAGAGGAGGCAGAGACGACGGAGAUCGAGACAUAUUUGUGGGUGGGAAGAGCAGCAGCAGCAGCAGCAGCAGCAGCAGCAGAAGCAGAAGCAGAAGCAGAAGCAGAAACAGUAGCAAUCAUAACGUAACGAUCGUAACGUAACAUAACGUGACGCACACAGAAGCAAGUAGUAGACGAUAGUUUGUUCUCUUAUUGUUUAGCCCAAUACACACGUACACACACUUUACCCAACGCUGCCACUGUUCCUAAGACAACAACAACAAACAAACAACCUAUCACAUCGUAAUCGUAGUUUUAACGCAACCAUUAAGUAAACGAAACGUAACGUAACGCGAGACGCCUCAACAUUAGCUCCUAUGCCAACGUUUUUGAUCAUCAGCAUCGCCAUCAUCAGCAUCGAUAUUAUUAUCAUUAUGCAUAUGACACAAGAUAUAUGAACGCCCAUGCUCAUCAUACAUCUGACACUGCAAGCAACUGCAACAGUUAAAUCGUUAACAAGAAUUGACAACAACAUUUGCGAAGCAUAAAACAACAACGUGACGUUGUUUUAGUGUUUCGUUACCCAUUGACCUUUUGCCGCACAGCUGGCAAGGGUAAAAUAUGGCAACACCGCAAGUCAAAGACUUGGUGUUGCGCUCGCCAGCUGGCUCCUCCGAUACCAUCACAUUUGCCUGGCCACUGCAGAUUGGACAUGGACAGGAUAAGCAUGACAAUGGCAUCGAUAUCAUCGACACAAUUAAAUUCGUAUGCGAUGAGCUGCCAUCAAUUUCAUCCGCAUUCGAGGAGAUUAACCUCAAUCACAUUGACACUGCCUGCUAUAAGACUAUGACAAAUCUUGUCGAUCGCUUCAACAAGGCUGUCGACAGUAUUGUUGCAUUGGAAAAAGGAACUUCACUGCCCGCCGAGCGCUUGAAUAAGUUCGCUCACCCUAGCCUUUUAAGACACAUACUGCAAUUAGUUUACAAUGCUGCCGUACUCGAUCCGGACAAACUCAAUCAGUACGAGCCCUUCUCGCCGGAGGUGUACGGAGAGACGUCGUACGAGCUGGUACAGCAAAUGCUCAAACAUGUCACCGUUAGCAAGGAGGACACGUUCAUUGAUCUCGGUUCCGGUGUGGGACAGGUGGUACUACAAAUGGCCGGCUCGUUUCCGCUCAAGACAUGCAUUGGCAUCGAGAAGGCGGACACGCCCGCUCGCUAUGCGGAACGUAUGGAUCAGAUCUUUCGACAGUACAUGAGCUGGUUCGGCAAACGCUACUGCGAGUACAAGCUGAUCAAGGGCGACUUUCUGGUGGACGAGCAUCGCGAGAAGAUCACCUCCUCGACGCUGGUGUUUGUCAAUAACUUUGCCUUUGGUCCGACCGUCGAUCAUCAGCUGAAGGAGCGAUUUGCCGAUUUGCGAGAUGGCGCUCGAGUUGUGUCAUCCAAAUCGUUCUGUCCACUCAACUUUCGUAUUACAGAUCGAAAUCUUAGCGACAUUGGCACGAUUAUGCAUGUGAGCGAAAUACCGCCACUGAAGGGCUCCGUUUCAUGGACCUGCAAACCGGUUUCAUAUUAUUUGCAUGUGAUCGAUCGCACUAUUUUGGAGCGAUAUUUUCAGCGCCUGAAAACCAAGGGCGGUGAUCAUGAGCAUGUGGGUACCGUGCGCACCACACGAGAUCGCGCCAAACGUGAGGCCAACAUUGGCCAUCAAAACAACAAUCACAAUAACAACAACAAUCACAACAACAACCAUCAGCGGGAGCAGCGGGAACAGCAGCGAGAGCGGGAAAGGGAUCUGUUCAACGGCCCCGCCCAGCAGCGCAAUCAAUCGCAGUCGCCGGCGAAUGUCAGCGGCGGCGGUGGAUUAGCCGCCUCCAAGACGCGCCAACAGCUGGCAAGUGCGCAGCAGCAGCAACAACAGCAGCAGCAGCAACAGAUGCAGCAACGCAGCCUGGACAUGGACAGCAGUACGGAGAGCGACGGUGAGGGUGAGGCGACCAAUGGCAAUGGCGGCAACACCACCACGGCCACCACGUCUACGUCGAAUGGGCCAAUGACGCGCAAGGUGUGGUCGGACUGGUGCAGCUCCAAGGGCAAGAGUUCGCAGUCGGAUGACGAGGAGAACAACAAUAGCAAUAGCAACAACAGCAACAGCCACCACGGUCGCGGCCCACGCGCCAUCACCACGCUGAAGAAGCGAAAGAAGCUAACGCGCAAAGCGGCUAUUGCCAGCAAAUCGGCGGCGGCCGCACAGCGCGAAGCGGAAGAGGCAGCGGCUGUGGCUGCAGUUGCUGCAUCCGCCACGUCUGCGUCGGCCAGCAAGGAUUCCAGCAGCAAGGAGGAUCAGCCGCGUGCGGCGAGCGCUGGACCCGGACGCAAGGGCCGCUUGAAGAAGGGACAACGUGGACGCAAGUGCUUAAAGAUUGCCGGCCUCGAUGUGCUGCACAAGCAGACGGUGCUGAGCACCUCGCUGGAUGCGAUGACAAAGAAGCUGCCCGCAGCGCCGGGCACAGUUGACCAGCAGCUGACGUCGCUGCUCACCGGCGACAUGUCGCAUCGCGAACUGGACAUACCCACAGCGCCCCAGGAUACGCCCUAUGCCCUGCAAAUACUGCUCGAUGUGUUCCGCUCCCAGUAUAUGACCAUGAUUGAGCACAUGCGCUCGAGCGCGUAUCUGCCGCAGGUGCAGAAGCAAAUUGCCCAGGAACAGGAGCGUAUGGCUCGCCUUAAAAAUCGGGCCAAUCAGCUGGACAAGCAGAUCAAGGUGCUGAUCGAUGACAGCGUAACCCUGCUGAAGGUGCGCAUGAAUGAGCUGGGCAUCAAUGUGAACUCGCCCAACGAUCUGAUUGCCCAGGCCAAGGAGAUUGUCGGACGGCACAAGGAUCUGCAGCAUGCGGUCAGCAAGAUGCGCAACGAGGUAACCGUCUACGAAAGCGAACAGAAAUUGCUGCUGAGCAAGCAGCUGAAGCAUCUGCCCGAAUACCAGAAGCUCUGUGCCGUCGCCAACGGCGGCAAUGGCAAGGUGAAGCUCGAGCUGCCGCACGAGCUGUCCGAAACUGCGGCCCAGGAGCUGGUGCUCAAGGAGAUAGCCAAUACGCUGAGCCAGCGCAAGAAGCUCUAUGCGCAGGUCUCCACCAUCGAACAGGAAACCAGCUCGCUGCAAAAGUCCGCCGAGGAGCGCAGCACAGCCACCGUGCUGCUUGCCCAGGGCACCAACAUCAGCCUGGCUAGUGGCGCCCCAACAGUUGCAACAAGUGCCGCAACGACUCCGACGCUGGCCAAUUGUAACAAAUUGGUAAAUAGCAAAUCGUCGCGUCGCAGUCGCGAGCAUCGCGCACGCUCGCAGGAAUGGCCCGAGGUGCCGGAGGUGGGCAAGAUACAGGAGAGCAAUCCCGAGGUGCUGGCCCAAAAGAUACUCGAGACCUGUCGCCAGGUCGAGGCGGGCAAAUUCCAGCCGCCUCCAAGCACCAUCAGUGCCGUCAACUUUAUCAACGGCCAAAAGCCCAAAAUGGAGUCGAAGACGACGCCGGCGCUCUACAAGGACAGCACUCUGAUGCCGGCGCCCAAGCAACAAUCGCAGCCACAACAACAACAACAACAACAACAACAGCAAGCUGUGCUGUUGCCCAAGUGCGAGCUGCCGGGACUGGGUCGUAAGCAGGAAUCACCCAAGGUGGCCAACUUUGAGGAUAGGCUGAAGAGCAUCAUAACAUCAGCCCUAAAUGAGGAUCAGGAGCAGCGCAGCAAGGCAAUGCCCAUUAUGGAGACGCCCGCUGUGCCGCUGCAAUCGCCCGUCUCGAAGCGCAGCAAGCAAAUGGGCCAAACAACAGCAGCAACCGGCAACAGCUUGCACAACAUUAUCACCGUAUCGACGCAGGGCCUCAUGCAUUUGAAUGCCAAUACGACCAUAUCGCCUAUAACGCCACCUUUGCCAGGUCCGCGUGCUGCAACAGCUGCGUCCACGGCGCCGCCGCCGCCCGCCAAUUUGCCCUACGGCAGCGCCUACAUGAGCAGCAAACAGCAGCAGCUGCAGCAUUUGUCGGGCAAGUAUGGCCAAACGGUGACGCUCAAGGAGUCCAAGUAUUCGCCAGCCAGACCAGGUGCAUCAGCACCGCCGCCGCCGCCACCACCGCCGCCGUCGUCCUCGUCCGCGUCGUCGUCAUCGUCAGCAGCGCAUAUGGCCACGCUUUAUGCUGGGCACGGCUCAACAGCGGCGACAGCACCCACAGCCGCUGAUCUGGGCUUCCAUCGGCGGCGUGCCUCGGUGAGCGCCAACAGCUACGAGCAUUUUAUGGUGCAACAACAGCAGCAGCAGCAACAUGCGCUCAUGUUGGCCCAUGUGGCACAACAGCGACUGCAGCAUCAGCAGCAGCAGCAGCAACAGCAGCAACAACAACAGCAGCAGCAACAACAGCAACAGCAGCAACAACAUGCACAACACGCGCCAAUUGGGCACCUUCAUCAUCAUCAUCAGGCAGCGGGCACAUCAGCUGAGUUUAAGGCGCCAGCAGAGAAUCUGCUGCAGCGCUCCGGCAGUCGCGAACAACUUUCAGAGCAACAGCAGCAGCAACAGCAACAGCAACAUCAACAAUUGCAACAGCAACACCAACAGCCACAACAACAACAACAACAACACAGCCUGGAUCUACUGCCGCGUGCCAGCUCGGCCAACUCGGACUAUGCUGGUUACCGCGUGGAACGUCUGUCUGUUCGACCGCCCAGUCGGCCCAGCUCCAACUCCUCGCAGCCAGACUACACACAGGUGUCGCCAGCAAAAAUGGCGCUGCGUCGUCAUCUCUCGCAAGAGAAGCUCAGUCAGCCGCCGCAGCCGUUGCCCACGCCACCGCCCAUGUCGCUGGCGCCGCCGGUGACAGCCGGCAAGACCAUCGGUGAUCUGGUCAAUGGCGAGAUCGAGCGCACGCUGGAAAUCUCACAUCAGAGCAUCAUCAACGCGGCGGUCAACAUGAGCACCGGCAGCGCCAGCAGCAGCAGCAGUGCGCAUUUCAUGGAACGCGCCUUCCUGGCCGAGCGCACCAAUGACCGUCUGCUCAUUAAUCUGAAUGCCCAACGGCCGGAGCGUGUGCACGUUCGACCCCUGGGCGAGGAUGCGCCGGACCCGCAGCCGACGAACUACAGCCAGGCGGCAUCCAGCACCAACAACAAUCUGGCCACCUUGGCCCACGUUGCCUACGCCCACAAAUCGCAGCCGGGCGCACGUGCCUCCUCGUCCUCUCGUUCUGGACGGGACUACCAGCCGGUGACAUUGCCGCGCGCGGAAAUGAUGGGCUGCAUCGAGGCCUACUUCCACGAGGAGCAGCAGCAGCAGCAGCAGCAGCAACAACAACAGCAACAUCAGAAAUCAAAGAACACAGUCGGUGGUGCCAACGCGCUGCGGGCACCACGAUUGAAUGGCGCCAAUCCGCCUUUAGAAGGACUAGCCGCCUCGCUGCAGGAUCAUGUGCGAGCACGCAAAUACAAGGAGGAGAACGAGGAGCGACAACGACGCGCUGCAGCCGCUUCUUCAUCAUCAUCAUUGGAACUGGCGCCGCAUUACGCUCAUCAGGCGCCGCCCGCCCAUAGCUACCAUCAGCCGCAGCAGCAGCCGCAUCAUCACACAGCCGCCGGCAUUAUCAAUGGCACGCCGCACAAAGUGGAGCUGGGCGUGAAGCGUAGCUCGCCGCUGGCGCCGCACCAGCAGCCGUCGCGACCCGCCAAAUUGGCGCAUUUCGAUCAGCAGCCGCUUGCCCAUGCGCAUCAGCAUCUGUACGUGAAUAGCAAUGGCGUGUCGGGUCUGCCGCCGCCAGCACAUGAUGCCACGACGCCGUCGCCGACGCCGUCAUCCUCAUCCUCGUCAUGUGGCAGGCGCAGCAAAUUGCUUGUGGAGCCGCCGCUGCUGAUGAGUCCCGAGAUCAACUCGCUGAUGGGCGAUGAGCGGCCGCUGCAGCUGUCGACGAGUCAUCAGCAGCUCUACCACCAUCAGCAGAAACCACAUCAGCAGCAGUUGCGUGGCUCGCAUCAAAGCGGUCACAGCAUCACGCCCACCAUUGUGGGCGGACAGCGCUCCAAUGCCGCCGAUGACGACGAUGUUAUUGCGGCCGACGAAGAGUCCCACUGGCAGCAUCGGGUCAGCUCCGGCUUUGAUCGGCUGGUGGCCUUUGCCAGCACUGAGCUGGACAAGACGAGGCGCUCCAUUGAUGGCGACACGGUGCCCGCCUCCAUAAGCUGCAACACCUCGCCGGACUCGGGCAUCACGCACAGCAGCAGCAACUCGGAUGCGGUGCGUACAUUUUUGUCCACCUCGUCCAGUUCAUCGCAGCUGGAGCUGCCCAUUAACAACAGCAGCAGCAGUAGCAGCAGCAAUAACAGCAGCAGUCUCUAUGCCAGCCAGGUGCACAAUCUGAGCCAUCAUCCGUAUCAGCAUGGCCAUCAGCAGUUGCAGCAGCAGCAGCAGCUGCCACUGCAACAACAACAGCAGCAGCAGGCACAGCAACAACAUCCUCAGCAGCAGCAGCAGCAGCAGCAGCAGCACUUGGCAGAUCAUUUGAGCGAUAGCAGCAUGAAGUCUACGGCCUCCUCAUCGCUGCACGCGAGCAGCUCGCUGAAGACCGUUUCGCCGGUGGACUCGGGCGCCAUUGAGUCGCCGCCGCUGUCUGAUGUGGGUCUGCCACGCACGCCCAGUCCCAGUGCCGCCAGCGUGGCCACUCCCCCGCUGGCCCAUGCGCCGUCGCCUGUCAACGAGCUGCGCAUACCGCUCAAAUAUCAGCGCAAGUCGAAGAGCGGCUCCGAGAAGCACUACAAGAAGAAGUUCUGUGAGCGCAACUGGGAGUACGACUGCGACGAGCUGUUGGCCUACUCCAACUCCAGUGCACCGCCGACAGCAGCCGAUGCAGCGGGCAAUGGUCCGCCGGCAUUAGAUGUGGCCGGCGGCGUGUCAGCAACGCCGACAGUGGGCCUGUGCAAAUCGGGCAAAUCGCCCAAGGAGAAAUCGUCGCCGCAUCAUGGCGCCAAUAGCAAUGCGAAUGCGAACGCCAGCUUUCACCAUCAUCACAAGUCGUCCAAGUUUCGGCCCAAGGGCAAGGACUGGGACUGGUCGCUGGACAGCAGAAGCAACACGGGCGAGCCGACGGCAAAUGGAGCCGGCGGUGGCGCGAAUACAACGAGUAAUUAAUUUAAAUUAAUUUAGUUAAAUUGCCGAACAGAAUGAAUAUCGUACGAGGAGAAUUGGGAAAAGGAGAACGAAAAUGAAAAUGAAAAUGGGAAAAUCUAAACGCAAAUGAAAAAAUUGCAAUGUUUUUUUCUUGCUUAAUGUUCAAUUUUUUUUUUUGGAAAAUCAUAUGUAAAUCGAUUCGAAUGGAGUUGAUUGUAACUUUUUAAUCUGUAACUAAAUGAAUUGUGUUUAUUUGUAGUUAACUUAUUGUAUAGCAGCGAUUUUUGCCUUGUUUUCUAUUAUGUCUCUGUAUGUUUAUUUCCGUGAAUUGUAAUUAGGUUAGUGUAGCAUAUUUUAACUGAACAUGUGUGUUAGAUCUUAAGGCACCAAACCAUCAAGAAACGCAAUCGCAACAACAGCAACAAAGCCCCAAUUACUGAUCAACAAUGUUACUGACUUCAUUAUUACCAAGUUUACUAUUAUUAUCAUUACUAUGAUUAUGAUUAUUAAUCCUUAAAUGUAUUUUAUUUUGUAUUGUUUAAUUGAUUUGUGUUCGUUUUAAGUUGUGUGUUUUGUCCUUUUCUGUGGAAUUGUGUUUUUUAUGAUUUUUAAAUAAAUUUUAAACUAAUUACA